CUGUAUGUAUGUAUGUAUAUAUAUAUAUGUAUAUAUUCCUCCUGUAGCUGUAAUAGCCUCUCCAGCUGCUCUUCAGUUUAAGUUUAGAGUUAAGUGGAACAGACAACAGUCUCCAGGCAGUCCCCAGGUAGGUUGGAACAUUGCACAUACGGUUUUUUCUGAUCAUUCUGGUUUGAGGGAGGCAACUGGAACUGAUCAAGACUGCACUGCCCCAGGCAGGAGGAGGGUACAGCUGGGGUGUUACCUUCUUGUUAUUCCUAACCUGUGAAGAAAGAAGAAAAUCCUCAGUCUGUUUACUCCAAGGAGAAAUAGGCAAUGGAUCCCAAAAGCCAGAGAGUGAAACUUAAUGACGGCCACUUCAUUCCUGUCCUGGGAUUUGGAACCUAUGCACCUCCAGAGGUUGCGAAGAGAGAUGCUCUGGAAUUCACCCCAUUCGCUAUAGAGAUUGGGUUCCGCCAUAUUGACUGUGCUCAUGCCUACCAAAAUGAAGAGGAGGUUGGCCAGGCCAUUCGAAGCAAGAUUGCAGAUGGCACUGUGAAGAGAGAAGACAUAUUCUGCACUUCAAAGCUUUGGUUAACUUCCCUUCGGCCAGAGUUGGUCCGACCAGCCUUGGAAAAGUCACUGAAAAAUCUUCAACUGGACUAUGUCGAUCUCUAUAUUAUGCAUUAUCCGCUGGCUCUGAAGCCAGGGGAGGAAUUAUACCCCAAAGAUGAAAAUGGAAAACUGAUAUUUGACUCAGUGGAUUUCUGUCGCACGUGGGAGGCCCUGGAGAAAUGUAAGGAUGCAGGGCUGACCAAGUCCAUCGGGGUGUCCAACUUCAACCACAAGCAGCUGGAGAAGAUCCUGAACAAGCCGGGGCUCAAGUACAAGCCCGUCUGCAACCAGGUGGAAUGUCACCCUUAUCUCAACCAGAGCAAACUGUUGGAUUUCUGCAAGGCACAUGAAAUCGUUCUUGUUGCCUAUGCUGCUCUGGGAUCCCAACGAGUAAAAGAAUGGGUGAACCCAAACCACCCCGUUCUCCUGGAGGACCCGGUUCUCUCUGCCAUUGCUCAAAAGCACAAGAAAACGGCAGCUCUGGUUGCCCUUCACUACCAGAUACAACGUGGGGUUGUGGUUCUGGCCAAGGGUAACAACAAGAAGUGGAUCAAAGAGAACAUACAGGUGUUUGACUUUGAACUGACUCCAGAAGACAUGAAAGCAAUCGAUGGCCUCAAUCGUAAUAUAAGAUACUAUGAUCUUCACCUUUGUGUCGAUCAUCCUGAGUUUCCAUUCUCUGAAGAAUAUUGACUCUCAGCUCUCACUGUGGUUCUUUGAGAAUUACUUGCUUCUAGGACUAUGAAGAAGAUUUUUGUACUUGGUGGAGGUGCUUAAAUGUCUGAAUGUUUGAAAGUUUGCCUUUCCUUAAAAAAAAUAAACAGUUCAUGAAACAAUAAAGGCUUCAAAGUUAGAAUACUUUUUUGUGAUAGUUAAAAAAUGCAAAUUACAGAAAAUUUUGAAAGUUGAAAGGAAAUGAUAGAGAAUAAAGAUAAGCUAUGAUUAACCCAUUUAAUAAUAUUUUAA